AUGCGCACUUCUGACAAGAUUCCGUCGGUAAUGUUUGCAAUGACGCGCAGAGACGAAUCGAGUUCAUCGCAUGUUGUGAACAAGUGGAACAGUGAUAUCCAUAAAAUGAUAUCGCAGAUCUGCAUCGAUCCAGAGCAGUCCCAACGUCAUGAGAAUCUGGUGGACACUUUGCAGAAGUUGGCAAAGAAGUCGUUCGGGAAAGCUGCAAGGAUGAAGAUGUUUGGUUCCGCCGCUGCUGGUGCUGAGGGAUUGUGUACGGUGGAGAGCGAUCUCGAUGUUUGCCUGUCUCUGGGGAGCAGGUGGGAGAUGAAGAUUAGCGACAAGAAGAGCACAGAGAAAGGGGAGGAUCUGCACAAGGAUGUCUGGCGCCAAGAAAAGAUCGACAUUCUGCGCGUCUUCGAGCGAAAGAUAAGGAGAUUCCUGAACUUCAAGACGACUUGUAUCUUUGGAGCACGAUUCCCCAUCGUCACUGUCAGAGAUGAUGAGGGCACGUGCGUCGACAUCAGCGUGCAAUCUCGACAAAACUUUGGAAGGUUGGUCGCCAGACUGUUGAAACUGUACACAAGAGAUGAGAAAGUCAGGAAGAUUAUGUUGUUUGUGAAAGUAUGGAGCAAGCGGAGAUCCAUCAACCAGGCUCAAGACAACCCUAGCAUGCCAUGGCAAAGAGUGAUUUUCCGCCAGGCCUUUGAGGGGACUCUAAACUCUUUCUCCUUGUCGCUCCUUCUCAUCUAUCAUCUAAUGAGGAUGAAGAUGGUUCCUGAUGUCUUCGCAAGAGAAGGAGACGACGAGCCUCCACUUGCUGUGUUGAGAUGCGCCGAUGGGAUUUUCCGGCCUGUCUGGUUUCAAACGGACGAGGCGAAACUUGCUAAGGAUACUCUGCGACAAAACUUCGACAUCGCGGAGAUUCUUUGCAAAUUCUUCAGAUACUUUGCGCUUGAGCAUGAUUGGAGCAAGAGAAUCUCAAUAAGAGAAGAUGUUGUACAGCCAGACAACGAAGUUAGCAAAGAUUAUGUGUUGUGGGUUGCGGAUCCUCUUGACAUUUCAAACAAUGCGGCUCGUUGUGUCGACGAGGAAGGUCUUGAAAGAAUCCGCUCGGAAUUCAAGAGGGCAUCCGCAAUUUUUGAGAAGAGAGAAGGCCUAGAAGAGAUCUGGAAGCCACUUGGGAAUAAGGAAAGGAAGAGACUGGCGAGGCGACUGGAAGAGAAGAGGAGGACGAGGAAGAAGAGGAGGAGGUCUUGA